AUGGUGAUAUCCACUCUUGACAAGGCCACCAGAGAAGGGACAGCAACAACGGUGAUCCCUGAGGUGCGUGCAGAAGCAUCAUCCAGUGCUCCUGGGACAAGCCCAACUUCUGCCACCACUUUUACUCUUCCUAGGAGCUCUACUGGUGAGAGCACUCCUCCAUCACUCACCACAACUGUAGCCACCACCACCAACCUAUUAGAGACAGCCUCCUCAGCUGCUGCUCUGGGAACAUCCACUGUUGCUUCCACCACUGUGUCCACACCCACAAGUCCAGAGGGCACCACCUCGACUGUGCAGACCACAUCUCAGCCGGAGUCCAGAACUUCAGCCUCUUCAUCUUGGCCAGAGACGUCUCCACGUGUGACAACCUCCACAAUCCUGUCGACCACAGCCGAAAGCUCCAGCCUAAAGACUUCAGCCACCUCUCCAAUCCAAUCCAGCACUACGGGGAUAUCCACUCGUGACAAGGCCACCAGAGAAGGGACAGCAACAACGGUGAAGCCUGAGGUGCGUGCAGAAGCAUCAUCCAGUGCUCCUGGGACAAGCCCAACUUCUCCAACCCCUUUUACUCUUCCUCGGAGCUCUACUGGUGAGAGCACUCCUCCAUCACUCACAACUGCAGCCACCACCAGCAGCCUAUUAGAGACAGCCUCCUCAGCUGCUGCUCUGGGAACAUCCACUGUUGCUUCCACCACUGUGUCCACACCCACAAGUCCAGAGGGCACCACCUCGACUGUGCAGACCACAUCUCAGCCUGAGUCCAGAACUUCAGCCUCUUCAUCUUGGCCAGAGACGUCUCCACGUGUGACAACCUCCACAAUCCUGUCGACCACAGCCGAAAGCUCCAGCCUAAAGACUUCAGCCACCACUCCAAUCCAAUCUGAGAUGCCUGAGACACCCACUCGUGACAAGGCCACCAGAGAAGGGACAGCAACAACGGUGAUCCCUGAGGUGCGUGCAGAAGCAUCAUCCACUGCUCCUGGGACAAGCCCAACUUCUGCCACCACUUUUACUCUUCCUCGGAGCUCUACUGGUGAGAGCACUCCUCCAUCUCUCACCACAACUGCAGCCACCACCAGCAACCUAUUAGAGACAGCCUCCUCAGCUCCUGCUCAGGGAACAUCCACUGUUGCUUCCACCACUGUGUCCACACCCACAAGUCCAGAGGGCACCACCUCGACUGUGCAGACCACAUCUCAGCCUGAGGCUGCUUCUUCAGCCUCUUCAUCUUGGCCAGGGACGUCUCCACGUGUGACAACCUCCACAAUCCUGUUGACCACAGCCGAAAGCUCCAGCCUAAAGACUUCAGCCACCUCUCCAAUGCAAUCCAGCACUACGGUGAUAUCCACUCGUGACAAGGCCACCAGAGAAGGGACAGCAACAACGGUGAAGCCUGAGGUGCGUGCAGAAGCAUCAUCCACUGCUCCUGGGACAAGCCCAACUUCUCCAACCCCUUUUACUCUUCCUCGGAGCUCUACUGCUGCUGCUCUGGGAACAUCCACUGUUGCUUCCACCACUGUGUCCACACCCACAAGUCCAGAGGGCACCACCUCGACUGUGCAGACCACAUCUCAGCCUGAGUCCAGAACUUCAGCCUCUUCAUCUUGGCCAGAGACGUCUCCACGUGUGACAACCUCCACAAUCCUGUCGACCACAGCCGAAAGCUCCAGCCUAAAGACUUCAGCCACCACUCCAAUCCAAUCUGAGCUGCCUGAGACACCCACUCGUGACAAGGCCACCAGAGAAGGGACAGCAACAACGGUGAUCCCUGAGGUGCGUGCAGAAGCAUCAUCCAGUGCUCCUGGGACAAGCCCAACUUCUGCCACCACUUUUACUCUUCCUCGGAGCUCUACUGCUGCUGCUCUGGGAACAUCCACUGUUGCUUCCACCACUGUGUCCACACCCACAAGUCCAGAGGGCACCACCUCGACUGUGCAGACCACAUCUCAGCCUGAGUCCAGAACUUCAGCCUCUUCAUCUUGGCCAGAGACGUCUCCACGUGUGACAACCUCCACAAUCCUGUCGACCACAGCCGAAAGCUCCAGCCUAAAGACUUCAGCCACCACUCCAAUCCAAUCUGAGCUGCCUGAGACACCCACUCGUGACAAGGCCACCAGAGAAGGGACAGCAACAACGGUGAUCCCUGAGGUGCGUGCAGAAGCAUCAUCCACUGCUCCUGGGACAAGCCCAACUUCUGCCACCACUUUUACUCUUCCUCGGAGCUCUACUGGUGAGAGCACUCCUCCAUCUCUCACCACAACUGCAGCCACCACCACAUCCACUGUUGCUUCCACCACUGUGUCCACACCCACAAGUCCAGAGGGCACCACCUCGACUGUGCAGACCACAUCUCAGCCUGAGUCCAGAACUUCAGCCUCUUCAUCUUGGCCAGAGACGUCUCCACGUGUGACAACCUCCACAAUCCUGUCGACCACAGCCGAAAGCUCCAGCCUAAAGACUUCAGCCACCUCUCCAAUCCAAUCCAGCACUACGGUGAUAUCCACUCGUGACAAGGCCACCAGAGAAGGGACAGCAACAACGGUGAUCCCUGAGGUGCGUGCAGAAGCAUCAUCCAGUGCUCCUGGGACAAGCCCAACUUCUGCCACCACUUUUACUCUUCCUCGGAGCUCUACUGUGUCCAUCCAGAGGCCUGACAGUGAACGUCGUGCCCCUUGUCAUUCCCCAUCUGUGCUUCUUCCAGCUCCCACCCAGCCACCAACAACGACAGCUGCUGCCCUUGAGCGUUUCACCGUCAACUUCACCAUCACCAACCUCCCCUACACUUCUGACCUGGAGAAUCCUGACUCGGCCAAGUUCAGAGCUACAAAAAGGGUUAUGAACACCCUGGUAUGUGGACCAUCACUGCAGGGCCAUGGCCUUACUCCUGCUCUCAUCAGCAAGGAGAGAGUGCAGGGAGCUGGCCAUGGCUUAAUUAUGAAACCUCUUAUCCUUGAAGGGGCCAACCAUAACACACAGAGAGAUUUUGGGAAGUCAGAACAUGAAUUUCAACACAGGAAUGGCAAAGAAGGCCUGGGACCCAGCAAUGAAGAGAGAACAUACAGAGUGGGACUUCUAAGGGAGGUCUCUGUGUUUUGCAGACCUGGCAGCCACAGGGACGAGACCCGGGUGGACGCCGUGUGCAGCUACAGCAAGGAGCCCUCGGCUGCGCCUCUGGACAGGGUGGGGCUGUACCACCAAGUGAGCAACAAGACCAGAGGCAUCACCCAGCUGGGCCCCUACAGCCUGGACAAGGACAGCCUCUACGUCAACGGUGACCGGCGCUCCUCCCUCGGCCUCCUCUGCUCUCCCACGGCAGCCCUGCCCCAGAGCUGCCCCCCAGGCUACAACGAGCAGCCAGUGCUGACCACUCCCACCCAGCCACCAACAACGACAGCUGCUGCCCUUGAGCGUUUCACCGUCAACUUCACCAUCACCAACCUCCCCUACACUUCUGACCUGGAGAAUCCUGACUCGGCCAAGUUCAGAGCUACAAAAAGGGUUAUGAACAUGCUGCUGGACCGCCUGCUGAAGGAAAGCAGCAUUGGCCCUGUUUUCCAAGGAUGUGAAACAACUGACUUCAGGCGGGGCAGCCACAGGGACGAGACCCGGGUGGACGCCGUGUGCAGCUACAGCAAGGAGCCCUCGGCUGCGCCUCUGGACAGGGUGGGGCUGUACCACCAAGUGAGCAACAAGACCAGAGGCAUCACCCAGCUGGGCCCCUACAGCCUGGACAAGGACAGCCUCUACGUCAACGGCUACAACGAGCAGCCAGUGCUGACCACUCCCACCCAGCCACCAACAACGACAGCUGCUGCCCUUGAGCGUUUCACCGUCAACUUCACCAUCACCAACCUCCCCUACACUUCUGACCUGGAGAAUCCUGACUCGGCCAAGUUCAGAGAUACUCAGAGCAUUAUGAAGACUCUGGUAUGUCCACCAGCACUGGGAAAUUUUCUUGCCAUCCAUGGGCUCUCUGUACUUGGAGAGUGCGCAGUGAGAUUGCCAUGCCCUGACUGGGAAAACUCUUCCCUUGAGGAAAAGAGGCAGAAGAGGAGGCUCAAGGAGGUCUCUGUGUUUUGCAGGCCUGGCAGCCACAGGGACGAGACCCGGGUGGACGCCGUGUGCAGCUACAGCAAGGAGCCCUCGGCUGCGCCUCUGGACAGGGUGGGGCUGUACCACCAAGUGAGCAACAAGACCAGAGGCAUCACCCAGCUGGGCCCCUACAGCCUGGACAAGGACAGCCUCUACGUCAACGGCUACAACGAGCAGCCAGUGCUGACCACUCCCACCCAGCCACCAACAACGACAGCUGCUGCCCUUGAGCGUUUCACCGUCAACUUCACCAUCACCAACCUCCCCUACACUUCUGACCUGGAGAAUCCUGACUCGGCCAAGUUCAGAGCUACAAAAAGGGUUAUGAACAUGCUGCUGGACCGCCUGCUGAAGGAAAGCAGCAUUGGCCCUGUUUUCCAAGGAUGUGAAACAACUGACUUCAGGUAUGGAUUGCACCCCAGUGUCCCUUUGAAGGGUCCAGGCACACAUAACAUGUCUGGGCCUGGGUGGGAGAACACUCAUGUUCUCAUCUUUUUCGGAGGCAGGCCCUUCUCACUAAUGCUGUCCUACUGCAGGAUGCGGGGCAGCCACAGGGACGAGACCCGGGUGGACGCCGUGUGCAGCUACAGCAAGGAGCCCUCGGCUGCGCCUCUGGACAGGGUGGGGCUGUACCACCAAGUGAGCAACAAGACCAGAGGCAUCACCCAGCUGGGCCCCUACAGCCUGGACAAGGACAGCCUCUACGUCAACGGCUACAACGAGCAGCCAGUGCUGACCACUCCCACCCAGCCACCAACAACGACAGCUGCUGCCCUUGAGCGUUUCACCGUCAACUUCACCAUCACCAACCUCCCCUACACUUCUGACCUGGAGAAUCCUGACUCGGCCAAGUUCAGAGAUACUCAGAGCAUUAUGAAGACUCUGGUAUGUCCACCAGCACUGGGAAAUUUUCUUGCCAUCCAUGGGCUCUCUGUACUUGGAGAGUGCGCAGUGAGAUUGCCAUGCCCUGACUGGGAAAACUCUUCCCUUGAGGAAAAGAGGCAGAAGAGGAGGCUCAAGGAGGUCUCUGUGUUUUGCAGGCCUGGCAGCCACAGGGACGAGACCCGGGUGGACGCCGUGUGCAGCUACAGCAAGGAGCCCUCGGCUGCGCCUCUGGACAGGGUGGGGCUGUACCACCAAGUGAGCAACAAGACCAGAGGCAUCACCCAGCUGGGCCCCUACAGCCUGGACAAGGACAGCCUCUACGUCAACGGCUACAACGAGCAGCCAGUGCUGACCACUCCCACCCAGCCACCAACAACGACAGCUGCUGCCCUUGAGCGUUUCACCGUCAACUUCACCAUCACCAACCUCCCCUACACUUCUGACCUGGAGAAUCCUGACUCGGCCAAGUUCAGAGCUACAAAAAGGGUUAUGAACAUGCUGCUGGACCGCCUGCUGAAGGAAAGCAGCAUUGGCCCUGUUUUCCAAGGAUGUGAAACAACUGACUUCAGGCCUGGCAGCCACAGGGACGAGACCCGGGUGGACGCCGUGUGCAGCUACAGCAAGGAGCCCUCGGCUGCGCCUCUGGACAGGGUGGGGCUGUACCACCAAGUGAGCAACAAGACCAGAGGCAUCACCCAGCUGGGCCCCUACAGCCUGGACAAGGACAGCCUCUACGUCAACGGUGACCGGCGCUCCUCUCGGCCUCCUCUGCUCUCCCACGGCAGCCCUGCCCCAGAGCUGCCCCUUGCCCAGCUCCAGCUCCUGACCCUCUGUCUCUCUCUUUUCCCAGGCUACAACGAGCAGCCAGUGCUGACCACUCCCACCCAGCCACCAACAACGACAGCUGCUGCCCUUGAGCGUUUCACCGUCAACUUCACCAUCACCAACCUCCCCUACACUUCUGACCUGGAGAAUCCUGACUCGGCCAAGUUCAGAGCUACAAAAAGGGUUAUGAACAUGCUGCUGGACCGCCUGCUGAAGGAAAGCAGCAUUGGCCCUGUUUUCCAUGGAUGUGAAGCAGCAGACUUCAGGCCUGGCAGCCACAGGGACGAGACCCGGGUGGACGCCGUGUGCAGCUACAGCAAGGAGCCCUCGGCUGCGCCUCUGGACAGGGUGGGGCUGUACCACCAAGUGAGCAACAAGACCAGAGGCAUCACCCAGCUGGGCCCCUACAGCCUGGACAAGGACAGCCUCUACGUCAACGGCUACAACGAGCAGCCAGUGCUGACCACUCCCACCCAGCCACCAACAACGACAGCUGCUGCCCUUGAGCGUUUCACCGUCAACUUCACCAUCACCAACCUCCCCUACACUUCUGACCUGGAGAAUCCUGACUCGGCCAAGUUCAGAGCUACAAAAAGGGUUAUGAACAUGCUGCUGGACCGCCUGCUGAAGGAAAGCAGCAUUGGCCCUGUUUUCCAUGGAUGUGAAGCAGCAGACUUCAGGCCUGGCAGCCACAGGGACGAGACCCGGGUGGACGCCGUGUGCAGCUACAGCAAGGAGCCCUCGGCUGCGCCUCUGGACAGGGUGGGGCUGUACCACCAAGUGAGCAACAAGACCAGAGGCAUCACCCAGCUGGGCCCCUACAGCCUGGACAAGGACAGCCUCUACGUCAACGGUGACCGGCGCUCCUCUCGGCCUCCUCUGCUCUCCCACGGCAGCCCUGCCCCAGAGCUGCCCCUUGCCCAGCUCCAGCUCCUGACCCUCUGUCUCUCUCUUUUCCCAGGCUACAACGAGCAGCCAGUGCUGACCACUCCCACCCAGCCACCAACAACGACAGCUGCUGCCCUUGAGCGUUUCACCGUCAACUUCACCAUCACCAACCUCCCCUACACUUCUGACCUGGAGAAUCCUGACUCGGCCAAGUUCAGAGAUACUCAGAGCAUUAUGAAGACUCUGCUUGACAGCCUCAUGAAGGAAAGCAGCAUUGGCCCCGCCUUCCAUGGAUGUGAGACAACAGAUUUCAGGCCUGGCAGCCACAGGGACGAGACCCGAGUGGACGCCGUGUGCAGCUACAGCAAGGAGCCCUCGGCUGCGCCUCUGGACAGGGUGGGGCUGUACCACCAAGUGAGCAACAAGACCAGAGGCAUCACCCAGCUGGGCCCCUACAGCCUGGACAAGGACAGCCUCUACGUCAACGGCUACAACGAGCAGCCAGUGCUGACCACUCCCACCCAGCCACCAACAACGACAGCUGCUGCCCUUGAGCGUUUCACCGUCAACUUCACCAUCACCAACCUCCCCUACACUUCUGACCUGGAGAAUCCUGACUCGGCCAAGUUCAGAGCUACAAAAAGGGUUAUGAACAUGCUGCUGGACCGCCUGCUGAAGGAAAGCAGCAUUGGCCCUGUUUUCCAAGGAUGUGAAACAACUGACUUCAGGCCUGGCAGCCACAGGGACGAGACCCGGGUGGACGCCGUGUGCAGCUACAGCAAGGAGCCCUCGGCUGCGCCUCUGGACAGGGUGGGGCUGUACCACCAAGUGAGCAACAAGACCAGAGGCAUCACCCAGCUGGGCCCCUACAGCCUGGACAAGGACAGCCUCUACGUCAACGGCUACAACGAGCAGCCAGUGCUGACCACUCCCACCCAGCCACCAACAACGACAGCUGCUGCCCUUGAGCGUUUCACCGUCAACUUCACCAUCACCAACCUCCCCUACACUUCUGACCUGGAGAAUCCUGACUCGGCCAAGUUCAGAGCUACAAAAAGGGUUAUGAACAUGCUGCUGGACCGCCUGCUGAAGGAAAGCAGCAUUGGCCCUGUUUUCCAUGGAUGUGAAGCAGCAGACUUCAGGCGGGGCAGCCACAGGGACGAGACCCGGGUGGACGCCGUGUGCAGCUACAGCAAGGAGCCCUCGGCUGCGCCUCUGGACAGGGUGGGGCUGUACCACCAAGUGAGCAACAAGACCAGAGGCAUCACCCAGCUGGGCCCCUACAGCCUGGACAAGGACAGCCUCUACGUCAACGGUGACCGGCGCUCCUCCCUCGGCCUCCUCUGCUCUCCCACGGCAGCCCUGCCCCAGAGCUGCCCAGGCUACAACGAGCAGCCAGUGCUGACCACUCCCACCCAGCCACCAACAACGACAGCUGCUGCCCUUGAGCGUUUCACCGUCAACUUCACCAUCACCAACCUCCCCUACACUUCUGACCUGGAGAAUCCUGACUCGGCCAAGUUCAGAGCUACAAAAAGGGUUAUGAACAUGCUGCUGGACCGCCUGCUGAAGGAAAGCAGCAUUGGCCCUGUUUUCCAAGGAUGUGAAACAACUGACUUCAGGCCUGGCAGCCACAGGGACGAGACCCGGGUGGACGCCGUGUGCAGCUACAGCAAGGAGCCCUCGGCUGCGCCUCUGGACAGGGUGGGGCUGUACCACCAAGUGAGCAACAAGACCAGAGGCAUCACCCAGCUGGGCCCCUACAGCCUGGACAAGGACAGCCUCUACGUCAACGGUCAUCAUGAAGUGCAGCCUGAACUAUCUGCUGAUCAAAGCACCCAACCUCUGGCACCAGCAGUAAAGAACUUCACCCUGAACUUCACAGUAACCAACCUCCAGUUCACUGCAGACCUGCAGAAACCCAGUUCCAGGAGAUUCAAGUCAACAGAAAAAGUCAUGUACCACUACGUUGAUCCUUUACUCCAAAGGAGCAGCAUUGGCCCAGCUUACAUCGGCUGCAAAGUAAUGGCAUUCAGGUCCACGAAGAACAGGGAUGACACAGGAGUAGAUGCCAUGUGCAGCUGUAGGGAUGAGCCUUCAGAUCCCAAAUUCAACAGAACAACUGUUUACCGUGAGCUGAGCAAAAUGACCAAUGGCAUCACCAAGCUGGGACACUACAGCCUCAACAGCCAGAGCCUCUAUGUCAAUGGUUACAAUGAACCUCCUUACAGUCCAUCCUCAGUAAAAACAACCACCACACAAAGCCCAGGAGCAAUCAUGGAGCACUUCACCCUGAACUUCACUGUAACCAACCUCAUGUUCACCACAGACCUGCAGACACCAAAUUCCCGCAAAUUCCGGUCCACUGAGAAAAUAAUGAAACACUACACUGACUCCCUGCUUCAGAAGAGCAGCAUUGGUCCCCAUUUCACUGGCUGCAAUGUGACGGGAUUCAGGCCUGGGAAGAAUAGGGAUAGCACAGGAGUGGACACCCUCUGCAGCUACGGAAAGGGCUCCCAGGUGCCCAAGUUUAACCCAGCUGAGGUUUACCAAGAGCUGAGGAGAAUGACAAGUGGCAUCACCAAGUUGGGAAUCUACAGCCUGGACAACAAGAGCCUCUAUGUCAAUGGUUACAAUGAACCCCUUGAGAGACCCUCCCGGAGCAUCACAGCUGCACCAAAACCAACAUCCAGGAAUUUCACUCUUAACUUCACCUUGACCAACCUCCGCUACACUGCAGACCUGGAUGCCCCGAAUUCCCGCAGAUUCCUUUCCACAGUGAAAGUUAUGAACCACUAUCUUGACCCUCUUUUCAAGAGGAGCAGCAUAAGCUCUGCCUACACAGGAUGUAAAGCCAUGAGAUUCAGGUCUGGGAGGCACAGGGAUGACACAAAAGUGGACGCUGUGUGCAGCUACAAGGGCAAUGCCAGCCUGGCCAGGUUUGACAGAGAAAAGCUUUACCAGGAGCUGAGCACCAUGACAAACAAUGUCACCAAGCUGGGCCACUACAGCCUGGACAGGAGCAGCCUGUAUGUCGAUGAUUUCACCCUCACAGACAGAGCUGCCACCAAAAAGCCUUACUUGACUGCAGUCAAACUGGGUUACAGACUGAGCUUUAGAAUAGUCAAUGAAAACCUCACCAACCCUGAUUCCAAGUCUCCAGAAUACAGAGCAGCAGUAGAAAGCAUCACCAACAAGAUGAAUCACUUGUACCGUCAGAGCGACCUGCGGGAGCAGUUCCUGACCUGCAGGAUCACUGGGCUGAGGCCUGGAUCCAUAGUGGUCGACUGCCAGUGCUUCUUCCAGCCUGACCCCAAAAUCAACAGGGCCGUGGUUGAAAGGACUUUCCAGGACAGGACCUCCAACACCACUGGGCUGUGGCUGGGGAGCAGCUACCAACUGCAGGAAUUCUCCGUGGACACCUUGGAACGCUCAGUUGAGGCAGCAACUCACAAGACACCCCUGGAGUCUGGCAAAGAAAACUUUGGAUUAAAUUUCCGAAUCACCAACCUUCCCUACUCGCCUGAACUGCAGGACUCCAGCUCCCAGGUGUACCAAGAGAACAAAGAGAAGAUUGAGAAAGAGCUCGAGGUAUUCAGGAGCAGCCACCUGAAGGACCAAUUUGUUGGCUGCACUGUGGAGAGCUUUGGGCCUGUCCAUGGCAAAGGACACACAGAGGUUGCCUCAACCUGCAAGUUCACCCUGGAUCCCCUCUCAGGGGCUUUGCAAGAGCAGGAGGUGUUUGAGGAGCUGAAACUCCUGACCCAGGGCUUCACCAGGCUGGGCCCCAGCUACAAGCUGGAGGAGCAGGGUCUGGUGGUGGAAGGUUACUCUCCACUGAAGACAGAUGAAACAGAGUCCAAAAGAUCUGAGCUUCAGUUCUGGGCCAUCAUCCUCAUCUGCCUUUUCACCCUGCUGGGCUUUGUCCUCCUCCUCUUGUUGUGCUUCCUGGUCCUCUCCUGCCUGAGGAGAAAGUCCCACCUGUACCAGGUGCAGCAGGGCCUGUAUGGGCUGUACUUCCCCCACCUGAGCACAGGGAAGGUUCACUGACACCUCAGCUUGGUCUUCCCAGACCUUUUCGUCCACUGAUGAAGGAAAAAUAGCUAUAAAACCUAGAAAAUAUUUCUUUUAUAAAUUAUUUCAGCAUUUUCUCUCACCUUGAGACCAAUCUUUGCACUAUUGCCAUGAUUCUUUCAUACUCCAGGAAACUGCCAACAGUGCAGGUGCUUAGGAAAAUACUUUUUUUUAAGCACUGCAGUGUUUUAUAUAAAUAUAAAUUUUUAUAUAAAUAUUACACAACCAAAGGAAAAUAAAAACUACCAGGAGCUGCAGUUUGCAAAGCCCUUCAGUGUUAAUGUCAGUUUUCUGAAAAAGGCUUAAAAUUAUACUAAUUUAGAGAUUUUUGGGGACUGACUGUUGUAGACUUAGAAAUCCCACCUAGAUUUUAGCUUUUUCACCACUGAGCUUGAAAAAUGUAAAUACCUUAAAUUAAUUAUUUCAUCUAUUUAUAAUUAUGACAUUAUGAUGUAAAGAGACCUUGUUAAAUCUGAGUGUGGCACAGCCAGGCUGUGUUUGUUCAGAUUGCUGCUGAUUUCAGUUCAAUAAAUGCCACGUUUUA